CGCAGCCAUAGGACGACACCGGGGGGCAAGCCGGGCGAUCGAAGUGACAGGAAGAACCUGAACUCGGGAUGCCAGCUGACUGACGCACAAUCCCCGUCAGCACACUGCUGCAGUCUGAAAAUCCUUUCCAAAAAAACGCAAGUCACCCGCUCCGGAGAUUUAUCGCCUUUCGCAAUUAACAGACCGGCAAAAACGUACCGGAUUUCAUUUGACUUUUAUUUCUGACAUGCUGUGUCCGCGCGCGUGCUCAUACGAACAGUAGUUUUGUUGAUCGUCUCAUGACAUUGCCACAUCCGUUUUUAUAGAUAUAUUUGAAGUUUAUGGUGUAUUGUUUUCAUACCGAGUGUGCAGCGGAAGUCUAGCCCAGUCAGGUUAGCUGCACCUUGCGCGAAGCCGCUGUUUUUGCUCACGUGGGCGCCCCCCGGAGCGCCACAGUCAGGAAUUGCUUAGUUUUAGAAUUGUAGUUUUAUAUCAUUUCCGUUGUCUCCUUGGAGACAGUUUUUUUUUUCUUCUGCGACGUGCAACCUGCCGUGUGCUCGAACCCUCCGUUGUGUUGCUGGUUCAGGACCAUGGGCACGCGUUUGUCAGAUAAGUAACGAUAUCAUAAAUGGAUGAAGAUACCGACACCCGUAAGAUCAACAGCAGCUUCCUCCGCGACCACAACUAUGCAACCGAAGCUGACAUUAUCUCCACGGUUGAGUUCAACCACACGGGGGAGCUGCUGGCCACCGGAGACAAGGGGGGCCGAGUGGUGGUCUUUCAGAGGGAGCAGGAGAGUAAAAAUCAGCCACAGAGGAGAGGGGAGUAUAACGUCUACAGCACCUUUCAAAGCCAUGAGCCUGAGUUCGACUACCUGAAGAGCCUGGAGAUCGAGGAGAAGAUCAACAAGAUACGCUGGCUUCCGCAGCAGAACGCCGCCUACUUUCUGCUCUCCACCAAUGAUAAGACGGUGAAGCUGUGGAAGAUCAGCGAGAGAGACAAGCGACCGGAGGGCUACAACCUGAAGGACGAUGACGGGCGGAUCCGCGACCCCACCACCAUCACGGCGCUGCGGGUUCCGGUGGUCCGGCCGAUGGACCUGAUGGUGGAGGCGGUCCCCAGGCGGAUCUUCUCCAACGCCCACACCUACCACAUCAACUCCAUCUCCGUCAACAGCGACUACGAGACCUACAUGUCCACGGACGACCUGAGGAUCAACCUGUGGAACCUGGAGAUCACCAACCGCAGCUUCAACAUUGUAGACAUCAAGCCGGCCAACAUGGAGGAGCUGACGGAGGUGAUCACGGCGGCAGAGUUCCACCCGCACCACUGCAACACCUUCGUCUACAGCAGCAGCAAGGGCUCCAUCCGCCUGUGUGACAUGAGGGCGUCCGCACUCUGCGACAACCACUCCAAGUUCUUCGAGGAGCCCGAAGACCCCAGCAACCGCUCGUUCUUCUCGGAGAUCAUCUCCUCCAUCUCCGACGUGAAGUUCAGCCACAGCGGCCGCUACCUGAUGACACGGGACUACCUCACGGUGAAGGUGUGGGACCUCAACAUGGAGAGCAAGCCCCUGGAGACCUACCUGGUUCACGACUACCUGAGGAGCAAGCUGUGUUCUCUCUAUGAAAACGACUGCAUCUUCGACAAGUUUGAAUGUGUCUGGAACGGAUCGGAUAGCGUCAUCAUGACGGGCUCCUACAACAACUUCUUCCGGAUGUUCGACCGCAACACCAAGCGGGACGUGACGCUGGAGGCGUCGCGCGAGAACAGCAAGCCGCGCGCCGUGCUGAAGCCGCGCAAGGUGUGCGUGGGCGGAAAGCGCCGGAAGGACGAGAUCAGCGUGGACAGCCUGGACUUCAGCAAGAAGAUCCUGCACACCGCCUGGCACCCCUACGAGAACAUCAUCGCCGUGGCCGCCACCAACAACCUCUACAUAUUCCAGGACAAGGUCAACUAAAAUGGCUGCCACCAACAAGCUCUACAUGUUCCGGGCUAUGGUCAACUAACAUGGCCGCCACCAACAACCUCUACAUGUUCCAGGAUAUGGCCGACUAAAAUGGCUGCCACCAACAACCUCUACAUAUUCCAGGACAAGGUCAACUAACAGCACCAUUACCCCCACCUCCCCCAACUUCAAACAGGAAGACAGUAAGGUGCUCACUAAUUAGGAAGACUUUUCUCCCCGACGCCACCCCCGCUCCCCCCUGACCCCCCAGCAAUAUUUAGGAUAUUUUCCCCUGAUGUCAGGACUGUGGACCUGUCUUUGGGACAGGUGGGGCAGUGCUGGGAGAGAGUAUUAUUUUUUUACUUUCCUGAAGUGGUGGGACAGGCAUUUGGGACAGGGGGUGUAAAAAGACUAAUGAAAGACCCCAGUUCUGCCAAAAGGACAUCAUGUGACAGGAAGGCUGGACUGGUGUGGACCCUCUGUGUCCCACACAACCCCCACCCCGCCCAAUCCCAUCCCUUUAACUUUCUGUGACAUAGUAUUUAUUUUAGCCUUUUGUUUUAAUAUAGGAAAGUUCACUGUUUGUUCCUGCACCUGGUGAAUGUUGGGGUUAUGUUACAGGAGAGGAUAAAUUAUUUUUUAAAAACAUGUAGCAGUUCCUUUUUGUUUAUUGUUUUUUGUUCCUUUUGAUUUGAAUUUAUUUGAAUUUAUUUUUAAAGAAAUUGAAAAAUAUAAUAAAACAAAAUAACCAAAACAA